AUGAGUGAAAUGAAACGGAAUAAGCGCAAGAUGCUUGAUAGUGGGCCCAAAAGACGCAUUAUGAAGGCACCAGAGGGUAUGGCAAUACCUAAGCAUCAACAUAAAAAACAAAGACUAACUGCACAACAAAAACGGGACUUAACCAAGAAACGGAGAACGCCAAAGUUCGAUGAGGCGAAGGAAGAGGAAGAGGAAGACAUCAUAGCCGCACAGGAGUUGCUGGAAGGAGGCUUCAGUGAGAAUGAAAUGGUAUGUAUUACCGAUGUAGCGAUGUAUCUAGGCCAGGGCGAACUAUUCAUACUUAUGCGUGAAUUUAGAUGA